GAUUCUUUUGGGUGAACAGAUCAGUUUGGAGCUAUUGCUUGCGAGAUUCAUUUUUCACAGACCCACGCGAUACCCAGUUGAGCAGAAGUGAUCAUCUUGUCGAGAACUGGAGCUGAUUUCAUAUAGCUUUCAUAAAUUUUGUGUCCGCAACGUAGUAGUUUGCUUCGAGUUGCGCGAUUUAGAAAUUGCUUUGUUAUUUGGGUUUAAUUAUAUUGGGCGUCUGUAUGUGGAUGACUGGUUUGGAGGUCAUGCCGUCUUUGCGUGAUACCUUCUUUACAUAGAAGGCGCUUUGUUACAACAUUAAGAGUGAGGAUGAAGCGAGGGAAAGAUGAUGAGAAGUUCACGGGGCCAAUGUUCCCGAGACUCCACGUCAAUGAUACGGAGAAGGGAGGGCCAAGAGCACCUCCUAGGAAUAAGAUGGCCCUCUAUGAAUUGCUCAGUAUUCCGUCUCAGAGGUUCAACGCACAUGGUGAUGGUAAUACAGUUCCCCCAGCAUCUUCAAGCCAGGGGACUUGUCCGGACAGAAGUCAUGCCUUUCCAGUUCAUUUACCUCCCCAAACACCUACUUAUCGAGCUAGAAAGAAUAUUUCUCAUCAGUCUGAUGGGGCAAAUCUGAAUACUUCGUUUGCACAAUUUGAACAGAGAAAAGAGGCAGAUGAAGAUGACUUCAGGGUUCCUGUGUAUGUUCAUUUGAGGAGUGUUAACUCUAAUGAUAAAACUCAGAAGAGUUUUAGUGGGAAUGAAAUCACCCCCAUGGGCUCUAGGCAUUUUGCUUCUUCAGUGGAUGUGCAAAACAAUUGUGACAAAGACUUGAAAAAAAUUGGCUCGCCUCAUGUCAAUGUGAGACGGGAUUUGAGGAGCACUGACCACGAAGGGCUUCCAAAAGUAAGCCCAAGUAGAGACCAGGCAAAAUCUGUCAGAUCCACAUCAAAAGGAGAAAAUAAUGACAGUCUGGUGAAGCAAGCCAAGUCGACUCCAAAUCAAGACUGUCCUUUGGCAAGUCUUAGCAGAUUACAUCGAGGAGAUGCUUGCAUACAGCCAGAAUGUGGAGCUGAGUCAAAAUCCAAUGACUCUGGACAUGGUGAGGGUCUUGUUGAAUCAGCAAGGGAUACAGAGACAGGAAGUGUCCCCUUACCAAGAGGCUGCUUUCAUUCUACAGCAGAUAAAAAUGGUCCAAUGGAGGCUAGCAAUAACAUCGAAUAUCAUGAUACCACGACUGGUGGUCCACUACAGAAUGGCCAUAUAGAAAGAAGUGAAAGUUUUUCCAAGACCUCCAUGGUAGAUGAUUUGUCAAGUAUGAAAAUUUCUCCAGAUGAUGUUGUAGAAAUAAUAGGUCAGAAACGUUUCUGGAAAGCAAGAAGAGCGAUAGUCUAUCAACAGAGGGUGUUUGCAGUUCAAGUGUUUGAGUUGCACAGACUGAUAAAGGUCCAAAAGUUGAUUGCCGGGUCACCAGAUCUUCUGCUUGAAGAUGGUGCUUUUCUGGGAAAAUCUCCGCCCAAGGGAUCUGCUCCCAAGAAACUUUCACUUGAAUAUGUUCUAAAACCUCAGCAACAAAGUCUUAAGGGCAAAGAUGAUUCUGUAAAGCUAAACCAUAAACUGGAGUGUUCUGCAGAGAAUGCAGUUGGAAAGACAUCUGUUUCAUCUGUGAAAAAUGGGAGCCACCUUUCAAAUUACACCCCUUUUUCAGGGAAUCCACACCAGGCAAACGUAACUCCUGACAGUAAAAUGGGUCCCUGGUAUUUCCAUCAGUCACCUGGACGUCAGUGGUUGAUUCCUGUUAUGUCUCCUACUGAGGGUCUUGUCUACAAGCCAUAUCCUGGACCGGGAUUCGGGGGAGUGGCUUGCCAAGGAUUUGGGCCUUUUGGCCCAACUCCCUCAGGAGGUGAUUUUAUGAAUCCUGUCUAUGGUGUCCCUGCUUCUAAUCAUGGAAUUGGGGUUCCGCCAGACGCUCCUCUAUCUAGUUAUGCUUACUGCCCUCCUUAUGGCAUGCCGGUUAUGAAUCCAACGAUGUCAAGGUCAGCUGCUGAACAGAUGAACCUUUUUGCAGCACCAGGUUCUAAUGGUCAUUUAUCUGGAGAGGGAGCGGACUUUAACACUCAUAAUAACCAAGGCUCUUAUAAUUUUCCAGUUCAGAGAAAUGAGAGCAUGUCGAAUGUCAUGAAAAUUCAGGCACCCAAGGGUAGUGAGUUCCAAAGAAGCACAGCAAGUAGUCCAGGUGGGCUGGCACAAGGAAUAAGCACGGGUCAAAACUCAGAAGGAAUUGAUGCACUUUCGCCUUUCCCUAUGGCUCCGGUGGUUGCAGAAGGAGCCCCUCAAUCUCUCGAGACCAGACAACAAACUCGAGUAAUUAAAGUCGUGCCUCAUAAUCCGAGAUCUGCAACGGAAUCAGCGGUUAGAAUUUUCCGAUCAAUACAAGAAGAGAGAAAACAGUACGAUUCGGUCUAGUGCUAUUCAUUGGGUUGGACAAGUUCCUGUGCCACUUUUUGGACGAUGACAAUGUUGUCAUUGGUAACGGGUUAUUCUAUCUUUUAAAAAUCUUCCUUUGGUUUUGACCUGAUUGCAGUAUAAUUGUAUGUAAAUAUAUAUGGAAUGUCAAAACGUAUCCGUCAGAACUCACAUGUGGUACGAGUCUCUGUUGUUUCCAUGUAUAUUUAUUCGUAGCGCCCUGGAGAUGGAUUCGACCACCCCACGGAGCAGAGGGACUCCAUUAGGUGAUUUGUGUUUGUUUUGCUGCAGUGGGAGAGAAAGUGGCUCAAUAUCCUGCUACUUAUUGAAUUCACCGUGACUAGGUGGGGAUCACGUUCUAUUCAUUUGCAGUGGUAGCAUUCAUUUGAAUUUGUCUGUAAUCAUUAGAUAUGCAAGUGAAAGGGUAAGACACUUGCGUGAGUCGUGUAAAAAAAUCCAUGCUUGGAGUUAAAAAUAAUGAGAUUAUUUUGUGUAUUAA